GCGGCUCAUUCCAAGUUGAGACGUUGAGAGCACGGCUGAGCAAGCGCGUUGAGUUUUGAAAUCUCGGAUCAGAAACGUGAUCUCCACUAGCAACCAGCAACUAUAGCACAGCAUCGGCAGCCGGUGACUUGAGACGACAACAGGAAGACCAUAAAUCACAGAUCUGACAGGAUGGGUUCUCAAUCAAAUCUGUUGAUUACGACGAUCCUAAGUUUCGUCAUGUUGGAGGCGGUUCUCAGUCAGAGCUGCUUCACGACGGCGGGCGGAGCGGGUCAGUGCGUCGCACCCAGUGAGUGCCCCUUCGUUCGGAAGCUGUAUGAUGUCUACGGACGUAAUAUCCCCCGGCAGAUUGGCAACCAGCUGCGACAGAUGAGGUGCACUGGGAAUAAUAAUGACUUUCAAAUUUGUUGCCGCAAUGAAGCCACUCCCCAGGCCAGCAACACCCUGACGACACAGCCCAAGGUGGUGCGGGCGACUAGCGGCGAUAUAAACAGCUACAGCAGACAGGGUCUCCAGUACCUGAACUCCUUCACAGACUGUGGCAAUAAGGGCAACCCGAAGCUUAGUGGAGGUAUAGAGGCCAGACUGGGCGAGUUUCCCUGGAUGGCGCUGCUCAAGUACAGGAGCGAUGAUCAGCGUCCUUUCUUUUGCGGCGGCAGCCUGAUCAGCGAUCGCCACGUCUUGACCGCCGCCCAUUGCAUCAUCCACCAGCCGGAUGUACUGGCUGUGCGCUUGGGCGAGCAUGAUCUGAGCAAGGACGAGGACUGCACCAUUUUGGGGGGCUAUAAGAGGACUUGCCUGCCGCCCUCCGAGGAGUACGAGGUGCAAAGGGUCCACGUUCAUCCCAACUACGUGCAUGGCCAGAUUAGCUAUGACUUGGCCGUCAUUCAACUGAAGCAGCAGGUCACACACAAGAGCCACAUUCAGCCGGUGUGUCUGCCCAUCACCCAAAGCUCGCAGGAGCUGAAAUUCAACCAGGACUUCUACAUCGCCGGCUGGGGCAAGACGGAAAAGCAGGAGCCCUCCAACACGCUCCAGAAGGCCAUCGUGACACGCCAGAGCCUGGACUCGUGCCGCCAGUUCUACAACAAGGGCGAGGUGAACGAUAAUCACAUCUGCGCCACCGGCGAAGACCUCAAGCACACCUGUCCGGGUGACUCCGGAAGUCCGCUGUUCAUCAAGCACAUCUUCCAGGGGAAUUACCGCUUCGUCCAGUACGGCGUGGUCUCCUUUGGGGGUCAGUGGUGCGGCCGGAACGAGCAUCAGCCGGGAGUCUUUGCCAAUGUCAUCAACAUGCUGCCCUGGAUCACUCAGGUCGUGCAGUAGUUCGGAUCGGAGUAAACGUAGACGACACACUAUUUAUGUUUAUAGUCCUAAGAACCAUUGCCAUAGUUACUCCUAGCGGUUUUCUAAGUUCUUUAAAUUAUUUUAAUAUUUUGUAAAUUAUUUUAAUAUAUCAGAUGUAAGCAGCAUUAA